AUACACGCCCGCCGCCAUCUUCGCCGCCGAAGGCCCGCUCGCGCCGCCGCCCAAAAUGUCUCCCGUAACGUAGUCUUUCCGCGGAAUUCCUCGUCCCCGGUGCGGAAACAUGGUCGUCAAGUGAGCCGGGAACCAACAUGUAUAUCAGACAGAUUAUUAUUCAAGGUUUUAAGAGCUACAGGGAACAGACGGUUAUUGAUCCAUUUGACCCACGGCACAAUGUAGUCGUUGGGCGAAAUGGAUCGGGAAAGAGUAACUUCUUCUAUGCUAUUCAGUUUGUGUUGAGCGAUGAGUUCUCACAUUUGCGUGCAGAGCAGCGCCAGGCCCUCCUCCACGAGGGUACUGGCCCUCGCGUCAUCUCUGCUUUUGUGGAGAUAAUCUUCGACAAUCAGGAUGGCAGAAUACCCAUUGACAAAAAUGAGGUAUGCCUCCGUCGUGUCAUCGGGGCAAAGAAGGAUCAGUACUUCCUUAACAGGAAGGCUGUCACGAAGCUUGAUGUCAUGAACCUCCUGGAGUCAGCUGGUUUCUCUCGCUCUAAUCCCUACUACAUCGUCAAACAGGGUAAAAUCAACCAAAUGGCAACAGCACCUGAUUCGCACAGAUUGAAGCUCUUGAGAGAGGUUGCUGGAACACGUGUGUAUGAUGAGAGAAGAGAAGAAUCCAAAGAAAUUUUAAGAGAAACUGAAAGUAAACGAGAAAAGAUUGAAGAAUUUUUAAGAACUAUUGAGGAUAGAUUAAAGACCCUAGAGGAGGAAAAGGAAGAGCUUAAGGAGUACCAGAAGUAUGAUAAGAUGCGAAGGGCCCUUGAGUACACCAUACACGACAGAGAGUUAAAGGAAACCAGAAAAAAGUUGGAUGAUAUGGAGAAUCAACGGAAAAACUCUGGUGCAGAACAAGAGAAGUUAAGACAGCAGUUGCAGAAAGCUCAAGAUGCUAUCAAAACAUCUUCCAAAGAAAUGAAAGAUAUCAAACAAAAGCUAGGACAAGUCAAGGAGGAGAGAGACACCUUCAAUAUGGAACAGCAGCAGUUGUUAAAAGAAAAGACUAAAUUGGAAUUUACAAUAAAAGAUUUAGCAGACGAAGUACAAGGUGAUAACAAAUCCAAAGAAAGAGCCGAGAAAGAGUUACAAAAACUGCGCUCAACUAUAUCUCAGAAAGAAGCUGAACUAGAAGCCAUCAGACCUCAGUAUGAAGAGAUGAAAGCUAGGGAAGAUGAGGCACAGCGAGAGUUAUCCUUAAAAGACCAGAAGCGCAAGGAACUGUAUGCAAAGCAAGGUAGAGGGAGCCAGUUCACAUCAAAGGAGCAGCGUGACCAGUGGAUCCAAAAGGAAUUAAGGUCUCUCAACAAGGCCGUGAAGUCUAAGCAGGACCAAAUUCAACGGCUGGAAGAUGAAAUUUCGCGUGAUUCUGAACGGAGAGUACAACUUGAUAAGAAAGUUGAGGAACUCUCUGCAGACACAGAGGACUACCGACAGAGUAUUGAUGAGCACAAUAAAGUCUUUUAUGAGAUGAAGAAGAGAAAAGACCAGUUACAGAGUGAGAGAAAUGAGCACUGGCGCAAGGAGAACAAUCUUCAGCAGAAUGUGAGCACUCUGAAGGAGGAACUGUCAAGAGCAGACCAGUCGCUUCGAUCUAUGGCAGGCAAGCCCAUUUUAAAUGGGCGAGACAGUGUACAAAAGGUGCUAGACACUUUUCGGGAACGUGGUGGCCAUCUUGGGGAGAUUGCCACACAGUAUUAUGGUCUUCUGAUCGAGAACUUUGAGUGUGAGAGGUCCAUUUACACAGCUGUAGAGGUCACAGCUGGCAACAAAUUAUUCCAUCACAUUGUGGAGUCAGAUAAGAUUGGCACACAAAUCUUAAAGGAGAUGAACAAACAAAAGCUACCUGGAGAAGUGACAUUCAUGCCUCUUAACAGAUUGACAGUCAAGGAUAUUGAUUAUCCACAAACAAAUGAUGCCAUUCCCAUGGUGAGCAAGCUUACCUAUUCAGACCGGUACCUCAAAGCACUAAAGUACAUCUUUGGACGCACCCUCAUCUGCCGUAAUCUUGAGGUGGCCACACAUCUUGCCCGCUCAACUCGACUGGAUUGUGUGACACUUGAUGGUGAUCAGGUAUCCAGCAAAGGUUCCUUGACUGGCGGCUACUUCAACACCUCGAGAUCACGCCUGGAAAUCCAGAAGGCGAGAUCUGAGUUGCGGGACCAGAUCACCUCAGCAGAAACAGAGCUCAGGACAUUACAGGACACCCUUAGAAACACAGAGCAGGAAAUCAACAAGAUAGUGUCUGAAAUGCAGAAGACAGAGAUCAAGAACAGCAAAGCAAAGAAUCUCUUUGAGAAAGUGAAAACAGACAUCCGUCUAAUGAAAGAGGAGUUGUCUGGCUUAGAGCGCACAAAGCAGCCCAAAGAGCGGUCUCUGUCUCAACUGAAGGCCAACUUGGAAGCCAUGAUGGCCACCAAGGAGGGCCUGGAAUCAGAGCUUCACCAGGACCUCAUGGCCACCCUUAGUGUCCAGGACCAACGUGAAGUUGAUCAGUUGAAUGAUGACAUCAGAAGAUUGACUCAGGAGAACAAAGAGGCCUUUACACGGCGCAUGAAGCUUGAGGCUGACAAAAACAAGCUGGAGAACUUGUUGACAAAUAACCUCCACAGAAGAAAAGAUGAACUCGUACAGGCCCUCCAAGAAAUCUCGGUAGAGGACCGCAAACGUCAGCUAGAGCAUAGUCAAAGUGAGAUCCAGAGAGUGGAUUCACGCAUCGAGGAAGUAGCUGUCCAGUUCAAGGAAGUGGAGAAGAAAGUAGUAGAACAUCAGAAAAAGGAAAAGAGUUUGAAAGCUGAGCUUGAAAAACUGAAAUUAAAAGAAAAGGAAGUAAUGGAACGUAUGGAAGAGGAUGCCAAAGAUUUGGAAAAGAUGGCAUCCAAGCAGAAUCUUCUCCACCAGAAGAUUGAUGAGUGCACUAAGAAGAUCAGGGACCUUGGCUCCUUGCCCUCUGAUGCCUUUGACAAAUACCAGAAUCUAGCAACAAAGCAGCUGUUCAAGAAACUAGAGACCGCAAACACAGAACUCAAGAAAUACUCACAUGUCAACAAAAAGGCCUUGGACCAGUUCAUAUCUUUCUCUGAGCAGAAGGAAAAGCUGGUUUCUCGGAAAGAGGAACUGGAUAGAGGUUAUGAUAAGAUCAAGGAGUUGAUGAGUGUCUUAGAACAUCGGAAAUAUGAAGCCAUCCAGUUUACCUUCAAGCAAGUGUCAAAGUACUUCAGUGAGGUUUUCAAGAAGCUUGCUCCACAGGGACACGCUCAGCUUGUUAUGAAGUCUGACCAAGAUGAAGAAAGCGAGCAAGAAGAACAGGGUACUGUAGACAACUUCACUGGUGUAGGCAUCAGGGUGUCCUUCACUGGCCGGAAUGCGGAGAUGAGAGAGAUGAACCAGUUGUCUGGAGGUCAGAAGUCUCUUGUGGCUCUGGCUCUUAUCUUCGCCAUUCAGAAGUGUGACCCUGCCCCCUUCUAUCUUUUUGAUGAAAUUGAUCAGGCACUUGAUGCUCAACACAGAAAAGCAGUUGCUGACAUGAUCCACGAACUCAGCAAGGAUGCACAGUUCAUCACCACAACUUUCAGACCAGAGCUGCUUGAGCAUGCUAACAAAUUCUAUGGUGUAAAGUUCAGGAACAAAGUGUCCCAUGUGGAGUGUGUCUCGAGAGAAGAGGCGUAUGACUUUGUGGAAGAUGAUCAGACACAUGGUUAAAAAGAGGAUUUAUUUCCAUAAAACCAUCUGGUGAAUGGGCUGUGAGAUGGAAAGCAUGCUAUAUAAAGACAUUAUUAUUGCAUAUUCCAUCAGAACUGGAUUUAUUUUUUAAGAAAAAAAAAAAAAAAUUCCUUUGUUUGAGAGGAAGCAGAGAAACUUUUUUUAAAGUCUUGUAAAUAUAUUUUCUCCACCCAUCCCUCCCUCACCCCAUAAUGGGGUAGGUAAGAAAGAGAAUAUAAAAGUAUAUAAAAAAAAGUUUGAGUUCAACUUAAAUGUACAUAGGUAUUUCAAUACUGAUGUUGCCUGUUAAUUACUCCUUUAAUCGGAGUGCAAUUUGUAUAAAAGAUUUUCAUCGAGAAAUUGAUGCUUAUUUUUGAUGUGCAGAAGUGGAAAAGGGACCUGAGGUACCAACCAUAAUUUUACACUACUUUAGAUAGAAAGCACUUUUUAUUUGUCUAUUACUGAAAAUCACAAAUUUACAGAUGUUAACUAAAUGAUUUUUAUUUAUGAAAACAAAAAAUAGGUUUUGUUUAAUUUAUAUCAUGGAAGAAAAAUCAUGUAUGAAAGUGCUUUUUUAUUUCUUUUGUAAUAAAGGAAAAUAUUA